AUGUAAUAGUCUUCCUUAAAGCUUCAAGCGUAACUUUUGCUAUUUUCUAGAAGCAAGGAAGUAGGGAACGUGAGAGAAACAAAAAUAAUAUUUUUAAAUACUAUUCAUUUGAUAUUGUUGGUUAUUGCGUUAAAAUACCUGAUUUCGUCAUGAAGACUGGAUAUAAAAUAUGAAGAUAAGUCUUUGUAACAUAGUGCGGAUUAAUUUGAUGUUUAAGAUAUCUGUGGAACACGAUUUCUAAUGAAGGCUGGAUAUUUAUAAUGAAGAACGUUCUCUUCAGAAGUUUGUGGAUUAUUUUUCUGUCAAAGUUCGUUUGUUUUGCCCAGCAAUGCAGAAGCAAGUUUGGAAUAUUUCAACCGGAAGACUUUGAUUUUCACGCAUGCGUAUGGUGUUACUUUUUCUUGUAUCCGGAGAAUGUGUUUAAACCUCACCAUCAUCAGCAUUACCUCAUGCUUACGACAAAUAGCUCAAAAUACCCGGCUUAUUCUACAUUCAAAGCUGAUAUUAAAAAUUCUACCUUAGUUGACAUCAUCUGCUCAUCUUUGACACCUGAUGAAUGUGACAGGUGGAAACUCUGUUGUGAAACAUCCCAUAAAUGUUGUCGUAGUCACGCCCACUCCGAGGAUUUCAAUGACACGUGCGCACCAACGUGGGAUGGAUUUGGGUGCUGGGGAAAAGGAACGCCGGGCCGAAUAAGCUCUAUGUCAUGUCCCGUUUUCUUGCCGUUUGCCAUUCCAACAAGAUCGGCUUUGAAAAAGUGCCUGUCAGAUGGUACUUGGUCAAAGAAUGGUGAGCUUGAGUGGACAGAUUAUACACCGUGUCUAAACUAUCAGGAGUUGAAAACUACAAUAUUUAUAAGUAUCGGCUGUCAAAUAGCAAGUCUGUUAUGUCUUGUACCAUCAGUUAUAAUAUUCUUCCAAUUUAGGUGUUUACUACAUCAGCAUCGUAUACGACUACAUAUCAAUUUCUUCCUCAGCUUUAUUCUUAGUGGUACGUUCAUCAUCAUUUGGAACACUACGGUCACCUACGACAGGAUCACCAAUACAAACGUCUCUGAUACACUGCUUUAUAAAAAUUCUGCUCAGUGCAAGCUGCUGUCAUUUCUGAAAUUGUAUUUUAUUAGUACAAACUAUAUGUGGAUGUUUUGUGAGGGCCUUUACCUAUACAGAUUGAUUGUCAACGCCUUUUCACCUCCUAAAAGGCUUAUACCAUUCUACAUUCUCGGAUGGGGCAUUCCUCUUGUUUUUACGAGCACAUACGCCAUUGUGAGAUUAACACAGGCAAAUGAAAGUUGCUGGGCGAAAAGCAUGGGUGACAAAGAAUGGAUCAUAUAUACGCCAAAUCUGUUUUGCCUAAUGGCAAAUAUAUUCUUUUUAUGUAAUAUUCUUCGAAUUCUGCUCACACAACUCCAAGUACAUCCAAAUGAACCAAGUAAUUUCAGAAAAGCUUUAAAGGCCACGUUUGUAUUGAACCCUUUUUUUGGGUUUUUGGGGGGGCGUUUGGUCCCCCCGGGAGUCGUUCCGGGAUCUCUAAAUGAAAGGGUUUUCUAUGGUUUGUAA